AUGGUAAAAUUUAUCGUAAUUCUGUAUGCAAUCUUUGCAUUACUAUUAUUAUUACCAUCUCCAUCAACCCAACUAAACCAAUUCACGUAUGAAGAUCCAGAGGCUGGCCUAGAUCUUCUAGAUGACGAUAAGUCAAAUGAUGGAACUAUAAUAUUACGUUUCGGAAAGCCAUUAAUCAAUAUUAACGGGAGUACAGCGUGCUGGACUAAGACCAUUUAUCUUCGAAUCAUUCAUCCUAAUGCGUCGAUUAGCUUCUUUUCAAUUUCAAAUCAUAGUGUCCCAGAUUUUAAUUUUUGUCUGAAAGAUGGAUCCACGAGGGAUUAUACGACAAUUUGGGGUUUCGAUCAAGAACUUAUACUGCUUACUUAUUAUAAUUCGUCGAAUGUAACAACUUCUGCAAUUAUGGGUCUCUUUAUUACUUUUGAAGGAAAAGUUAUAAGUACAACAAAAUUGCAUGAUGCCCUUAUAGACUAUGGUGGCAUAUUAAAGUAUUGGCUCGUAAUUCCAAUCUCUAGUCCAAGUGAUGGUUUUCUAUUUUACUGCCGUGGCGCGUCAGUAAUAAGUUGGAUACAUUAUAGUGCACCAAAAAAUGAUGGAGAAGUAAUCGAAAGAGCAAGAAGCGGAAUAAUCAAAACAAAUAUUAAAGUCGUAACCGUCACGGCUUUCUACGUGCUAGAGAGAGGUUUUGCCAUAGUUUACGGAGGAGAUGAUUCCCCUUCUAAUCUUAAUUAUACUACUAAUAUCAAUAGUUUUAAUUUUGGUACUACUAAUGGCGUGUACAUAAUGUUUUAUUAUUUAACAACAAACAUGCGAACUGGUCCAUUCUUGUUAUAUCAAUUUCCCACACAAACAUUAAAGUCGAAUAAUUCACAAGCUUUAAUUCAAACUACAAAAUUGCGGGGUCUUAUAUGUAGUGUUGAUUUUGAUGGUGCAGGAAAUAUAUGUAUGCUAAUAUUGACUUCUCAAUAUAAUAUCACAAAUACAACUUCGCAACCUACCCUCUUAAAAAUAUCUUAUCUCUCUUCCGGUUCAGUAACAAAAAUAGGUGAAAUGGCAAAUGUAAAUUUUACUUAUGGAUUUAAUCUCAUUCCUCUUCGAUUCGGUGGUUAUCUAAUGAUAGUAUAUCAAGACAAUCUCAAUUUUGGUUAUGUUCUCGAUGAAAGUGGAAAUGUAUAUUCCAAUUGGUCUUUACCACAACCUCUAGUUCUUCCUCAACAUAUAAGUGAAUAUGUUGUGCUUGCGAAUAAUUCAAUUGUUAUUGUGGAGAAUCAAAAUAAUUCAAUUUGGAACGUAACACGUGAUGACUUGUACAGAUUUUAUGGUCAAGAUAAUAAUGAAUUCAAUAACCCGAUCAUAGCAUCAACGAGCCCGAUAAUAGGUUCUCGAGUAAAUGAAUCCACGAGACAACUUCAGUUCACAUUCACUUAUCCUGUGACUCUCUCCAGUUCAAACAUCUCAAUAUACCAACAAAUCAAUGGAUCUAAUGACUUACUACGCCAACGAUUUCAAGGUGAUUCUUCAAGUCAGCUUUGUCGCCCUGAUCCAAAUGAUAAUAAAACUGUUAUAGUACAAGUGAUUCCGAGUACUUUUAAUGAACCUAACAGUCUUUAUUAUGUGACCAUUGAGAAUGAUUUUGUAAAACGUAGUGACACGAAUGAAGCUCUAUUGGGACUUGACAAAAAUUUAUGGACUUUAAUCACCGACAGCAAACAAACCAUAUAUUCAAGCCAAAUAACGGGCGUCAUUCGUUUGACACCUGAUGGUUCUGAUUAUUAUCUUUCCCUUAGUUCCGUUGAUAAACAAAAAUUUCAAGAACAAUUGGCCACAGAUCUCUCUUCUAUAAUUCCCGUCGAAGAUAAUAGACUAACUGCCGCCGAUGGUCUCGAAAAAGACACAUCCACUGGUUCCUUACAAAUAUUGCUUCCCUUUAUUAUUAAAGAUACCACAGAUUUGUCAAAGAAAAGUUCCAACAAAAUAUCUCAGGACUUUAAUAUAUUAUUGACAUAUAAGGAAUAUAGUGCUUUAAUGGAUUAUAAUACAACGGUUUUAAUUGAUAAGACUUAUCCCAUGACUAUUGUUCCAUUAUUGUUAAGAGAUUAUUCAACGUUGAUCAUAAUCAUUGCUCUUGCAUCAAUAGUUUUGAUCAUAAUGUAUUUUUUGGCAUCAAGGAAAUUUAAAAAGGCUAGAAAUAUUUCAAUCUUCAAAUUAAUAUUCAUUGUCAUUGAUUUGGGAUUACGUAUUUCGUUUUUAGUCAAUGAUGCUCGUAAAGUUCCAGAAUUAUACUUACCAACCUUGAUAAUCCUCAUAAUGUCAAUGUCUAUAAAUACGAUCACUUCACUCGUAGUUACUGUUCAUGAAAUUGGUAAAAAUCCUGAUUUCAAUAAAUGGUUCUCCAAAUAUGGUCAGUUUCUUCCAAUUCUCACAAUCAUAUCAGCGGGACAUGUUGAAGCUCUUAAUGUUUUGACUUCGAAGUUUGGAAUGUUAGACAUAUUCUGCACAAAUUUCUCAGAAGUUGCUGAAAAAUCGAUAUUUUUUGCUGGAAUAUCAUGUUUGUUUGCUUGUGAAAUUCCACAAUUCAUCAUUCAGAGAAAGAACAAUAUUAUACCACAUUAUACCUCAACUAACCUUAAUAACGAACUCACUCGUAAUGACCUAUAA